AUGAGACUGUUCCUUGUCAUGUCUAGUCUGACGCUGGCGGUUUUUCUGAUGCUCUUGGAUGCAUCCAUAGUAGCCACGGCAACCCCCAAAAUUACUGGCGACUUCCACUCCCUGAAUGAUAUUGGUUGGUAUGGAACCGCAUAUCUCAUGGCCAAUUGUGCGUCUCAGCCGCUAAGCGGAAAAGUUUAUACCUACUUUAAUGUCAAGUGGACCUUCAUGACCUUCUUCGCCAUAUUCGAAAUAGGCUCUGCUCUUUGUGGAGCUGCCGUCUCAUCGCGAAUGCUCAUCGUCGGUCGCGCGGUGGCUGGCCUCGGUGCCUCAGGAUUGCUUAACGGAGGAUACACAAUCAUUGCCUUGAGCGUGCCAGAUUCUAAACAAGCUGGGCUGCGAGGUAUUCUCAUGGGCCUUUCUUUUUUCGGGCUGCUGGGCGGACCGCUCAUCGGAGGUGCUCUGACGGAAUAUACAACUUGGCGAUGGUGCUUUUAUAUCAACUUGCCUUGUGCUGCUGUAAUUUGGGGCUUCCUGCUAGUCGUUCAGAUCCCCGGUUUUAGGGUAUCGGGGGACGGAAUGCAGCCCCUCUCGCAAAUCCUUAAAAAGCUCGACAUCAUCGGGUUUUUGCUUUUCACGCCCACAAUCGUCAUGUUCAUUUUAGCAUUGCAGUGGGGUGGCACGACUUAUAGCUGGCAUAGCGCAACAAUCAUCGGCCUCUUCUGCGGUGCGUUCGGCAAUCUGGUCCUCUUUCUGGCCUGGGAAUAUCGCGUUGGAGACGAGGCCAUGAUACCGUUGUCCAUGGUCCGCAGGCGGAUCAUCUGGAGCAGCUGUCUCAAUAUCGCCUGUUUUACAGGUUGCGCCUUUACAACAACCUACUAUUUCCCUGUAUAUUUCCAAUCGGUCAGGAAUGCAACACCACUGCAGAGUGGUGUCGAUAUGCUGCCGCAAGUCAUAACAAACAUGAUCGUCACCAUCUUCACCGGUGGUUUAGUCGGCCGUGUAGGCUACUAUCUGCCAUUUGCUAUUGCCAGUGGGUUAUUCACCUCCGUGGGGACGGGUCUAAUCACAACUAUCACACCAACAACCUCAAAAGGCAGGCGAAUUGGGUUUCAGAUCAUACAAGGUUUCAUGGGCCUGGGCUUCCAAAUUCCCAUUCUUGCCGUGUCAAAUGGCGUGCGGAAGGAGGAAGUGUCGAUAGGCAGUGCUCUUGUCGUCUUCUCUCAGAACAUGAGCGGCGCCGUCUUCCUAUCUCUUGCCGAAGUCAUCUUUAGCAGCGAACUACGGAACUUUUUAUCCAUGUACGCGCCCAGCGCCAAUGCAUCUGCCGUCAUUGCCGCCGGUGCGUCCGCGGCUGGCGUGAAGAGUUCGGUACCCGCUGCAUUGUUGCCGGCUGUACGAUUGGCGUACAGUAAUACUUUCGAUCAUGUGAUGUACCUUGCCACCGGGGCUGCCUGCGGGGCGUUCCUUUUCUCGUUGGGUAUGGGUUGGAGGAGCAUCAACACGAAGAAAGAUACAUGA